GGGCCCUCCUCUCGCGGGGUGGUUGGGCGGGUUCGUUUCCAGGCAGGUGGCCGUGUGGGGCCUCCUUUUCUCUCCAGUCACGGAUAGCGGCAGUCCCGGCUGCAGCCUUUUCCUUUCGACUUCGGGUCCUCGUGCGGCCCCCUAACUCGAGCGUGCCCGCCCGCCUACCUCUCUCCGUUACCCCGGAGCUGCGGCCUGGCCGGCACGGAGGGCAGGACAAAGCGGGCAGUCGCUCGCUCGUUCGCGUGUGUGUCGUGAGGGCUGGAGGGACGGCGGGGAGAUGAACACCGUCCUAACUCGAGCCAACUCGCUCUUCGCCUUCUCGCUGAGCGUGAUGGCGGCGCUGACCUUCGGCUGCUUCAUCACCACCGCUUUCAAAGAGCGCACGGUGCCCGUCAGCAUCGCGGUCUCCCGUGUCAUGCUAAAAAAUGUAGAAGAUUUCACUGGACCAGGUGAAAGAAGUGACCUUGGAAUCAUUACUUUUGACAUUAGUGCAGAUCUGCAAAGUAUAUUUGACUGGAACGUGAAACAGUUAUUUCUAUAUUUAUCAGCAGAAUAUUCAACAAAGAACAAUGCAUUGAAUCAAGUUGUCCUUUGGGACAAAAUCAUCUUGAGAGGAGAUAACCCAAAGCUGCUUUUGAAAGAUAUGAAAUCAAAAUACUUUUUCUUCGAUGAUGGAAAUGGCCUCAAGGGCAACAGGAAUGUCACUUUGACUCUCUCCUGGAAUGUCGUACCAAAUGCAGGCAUCCUACCUCUUGUAACAGGAGCAGGACACAUAUCUGUUCCAUUUCCAGAUACUUAUAAAACGGCAAAAAGCUAUUAAAUUAUUGUGCUGUACCUUGAGUAACAUAUUUUUAUACUUGUACAUUAUAAAUUUUAUCACUUUUUAGUCUCUCGCCCGCUGCAAUUCAAAGGUACUGUACUUAAUUUCUUUAGGCUUAGCUGAGAGGGAGGGAAAUUUUGUCAGAUUUGUUUUCAGUUAAAAAGGAUGAAAUUGCAAUCUCAAGGAAAGGUGAUUGUUUAAAUUUGAGCAAAUGGUUUUGUGUUUACUAUUGGGACAAAAUAUACCUUUCUUAUAAAUAAACUUUUUGAAAUCAGAAACA